UUCCCGUCAACCGUCAAUAAACAAACGAAGAAGAUUGAUACGCUACUGCAGGAAUAAAGCAAAAACGUCAUACUUUUUUGCGGAAAACUUCAAAACAAAUAUGAGACCAAGGGCAAAAGGAACUGAGUACAUUGAGGACAUUGGUUCAAAUCCCGGCCCGGCCUGUGUGCAGUUUGCCUGUUCUCCCCGCGCCUGCGUGGUUUUCCUCCCACAUCCCCAAAACCUGCAUUAAUCGGAGACUCUAAAGUGCCCGUAGGGAUGAAUCGGGAGGCGGCUAACCGGCGUAGCAGCAUCACCACCACCAUCAUCAUGGCGGACCAAGGCGAAACCCCGCUUUCUGUGCAACCGCCGCCACCGACGACAACUAGCUGGCCAAUUACCAGGGAGUCCUACGAGCUACAGGAAGUCAUUGGUAGCGGGGCCACAGCGGUGGUGCAGGCGGCCCUUUGUUCCCCCAGACAGGAGCGCGUUGCCGUCAAGAGAAUCAACCUAGAAAAAUGCCAGACCAGCAUGGACGAAUUACUGAAAGAAAUUCAAGCAAUGAGCCAAUGCAACCAUCCUAAUGUUGUCACCUAUUACACUUCCUUUGUGGUGAAGGAUGAACUGUGGUUGGUCAUGAAGCUUCUUAGUGGAGGUUCUAUGCUGGAUAUUAUAAAGCACACAAGCAAAGAAGAGGACAAAAAUCUCGAUGAGCCAAUAAUUGCCUCAAUUCUGAAAGAAGUCCUUGAGGGCCUGGACUACCUGCACAGAAAUGGACAGAUUCACCGGGAUGUGAAAGCUGGGAAUAUUCUACUGGGAGAAGAUGGAUCUGUUCAAAUUGCAGAUUUUGGCGUAAGCGCAUUCCUGGCCACAGGGGGUGAUAUGACAAGAAACAAAGUUCGAAAAACAUUUGUGGGCACGCCAUGCUGGAUGGCACCAGAGGUGAUGGAACAGGUGCGAGGUUAUGAUUUUAAAGCAGACAUUUGGAGUUUCGGAAUAACGGCCAUAGAACUAGCGACAGGAUCUGCGCCCUAUCACCGUUAUCCCCCAAUGAAGGUCUUAAUGUUGACGCUGCAGAACGAUCCACCCACACUGGAGACUGGUAUAGAGGACAAGGAAAUGCUAAAGAAAUACGGCAAAUCGUUUAGGAAGCUAAUAACUAUGUGCCUUCAGAAGGAUCCUGGCAAAAGGCCUGCAGCUGCAGAGCUCUUGAAGAGUAAAUUUUUCCAAAAGGCUAAGAACAAAGAAUAUCUGGUUGAAAAGCUACUGUGCCGUGCACCAAAGAUAUCCCAGAGAGCAAAGAAGGUGAGGCGGGUCCCAGGCUCCAGUGGCCACCUGCACAAGACAGAAGAUGGCGACUGGGAAUGGAGCGACGACGAGCUGGACGAAGGUAGUGAGGAAGGCAAGGCGGCGGUAAACCAGGGCAGGUCGCGGCGGGUCAAGGACGACUCCAAAGAAAAUGAGGAGAAUGUCAAGAAUGUUCCUCUUGAUGGGUUAUCCAUCCAGCAUCCUCAGGUGGAGCCACUUGGGGAUUCACCAUACAUUGAAGGUGCUGUGAACAUGGUCCUGCGACUGAGGAACUCCAAAAAGGAACUGAACGACAUCCGGUUCGAAUUCACACCUGGACGAGACACUGCUGAUGGUGUUUCCCAGGAAUUGUUCUCUGCGGGUCUCGUCAACGGAGACGAUGUGAUUACUGUUGCUGCUAACCUUCAAAAGAUUGUGGAUGACCCAACUACCUACAAAGUAUUGACCUUUAAGCUGGCCUCCUGCCGUGACGACACCGAAGUCCCAGACGAGGUGAAGCUGAUCGGCUUUGCGCAGCUGAGUCUUAGCUGAUGCUCUCUUCAUGCCUCAAGCAGGUGAGACGGGACCUAAACGUUCAGGGUAGACAGGUUGUGGAACAAAAAGCACCGCUUCCAGAAAACAUCCUCCCGCAAGCACCAAACCUCGCGUUCCUCCGGCCAGCACACGAACAGGGAUCAGGAUGAAGCCCAAGAACCUACUCAGGAUGUGAAAGAAGGUGAUUUGAAAUGUAGCUUUGAAUGUUCUAUUUAUUUAUUUUCUCAAAGAGAGAUGUUUCGAUUUACAUCACGUUAUUCUCAAAGCUCUUGAUUAUUAUUUAUUGCAUUGCCCCCCCCACUUCUGCCAAAAUGAAAUUUGCUUUAACUUUCAUUCCAAAAUCCCAACUCAUGUGAUGCGCUGCAUUUCUCAUGUCAAGCACAUUUUCAAAAAUAACACAAUGAAUGUCUUUGAUGAAAGGAAAAUGGAUUGUAUUCUAUGAAGGACUAUCAGGGCCACAGUGAGAAGAUAAAUCAUAACAUUGCGACAAAGUUACGUCAUGAUGAAAUAAAGGCACAAUAUAAAAAAGUGAAUGUCAAUAUGGGCACAAAGCUCUAACAACUACUAGUUCUCAAUUGAAAGCCGAUUUACUUGGAAUUGUAACAACUCUCACAGUAUCUACUUUUCCCACUCCUAUAAUUGCUUCUCUUUCUCAGCAAUUAGGACUUGCACCUUUUUUUGUCAAAACAUUCAAUUUUGGUUCUCAAAAUAUGUGUGUCAAUGUAUUUUCAUUUGAAUGUGACCUUUAGUUGCAUGUGAUCACAACUUGUAAUUGCGAUUUCCCGCUGGCCCUAAUAAUCCUUCAUAGUACUUUUAACAUGGUCAACAAGUGUCGAGUGUCUAGAAGGGUUUAAAAAAAAAAAAAAAAAAAAAAAAAAAAAAGAGACCUGGACGCGACUUGUUUCAUUUGCUGCUCAAGUCAUGACAGUGUUAAAUGCUUCAAAACGCUCAAGGUGCCUUGUUCAUUUUCAUGUGCCUAAAACAGUAUUGUCAGAGGGGAAAGCCCACAAAUACGAAGCAGAGUCUGACCAUUUUAGUUUCACACGCCAGCAAGUGAAGCAUCUUUAUGUUAAUGCACUUUUGGGCUGAGAUGUGUCUGCAGCCGACGAGCAGAUGCCUGCGCCCUUGGAGACAAGUCCCCCUACCCCACAUAUUGUAACUGCAGCUGUUGUGAUCUGCUCUGAUCUGAUCUGCUCUGGUUUAUCUACUUUCACAGACUCACUUUUCAUUUCAUUGCUCUAACCUGCUGCACAACAAGACUUAAUGCUUGCAAAAAAAAACAAAAGAGUUGCUAAGAUGUGCUGUGUUCACCAGAGGAUUACUGGCAACAAUAUUGAAACGGCAAUGACUCUUGUGUGCUCAAACAUGUCCACUAGCGCAACAUUAUUUUUACGUGUCGAUGUAUUAAAAAUUGUACCUAAUAACCAAAUUUAAUAAUUACUUUUUAUGUACACAAUGUUAGCACAUUUCACCUUUUCAUCCCAUUUAACCCACUGGUUUCUGACAAGAAGCAACAAAUAAAUUGCUAUUUAAACGUGUUAGGAUAUGUUUUAUGAUAUGUUGAUUUUGUGUUAAUUGUAAUCAUUUUACUUGAAUUUUUCAAAUUGGUACCAUGUCUCCAGCAGAAAUAAAUGUAAUCUUUGCGAUCCAAAGUUAAGGUGUGACAAUGCACGGAGCAAUCACAGCAUUAGGAGCACUUGCACAAUCUUUGGAGAUCCAAUAAAAGAGUUGCUUUUACAAG